CACAUAAGUGUCUUAUGUUCGAUUCUUUGCCUUUAUAUGAAUCAUCCUUGAAGUUAACUUCAAGUCAUUCCCAUUCCCUUUAUAUACUUUAAUUUUUGAUUUACCUUGAUUCCUCCUUAAUAUCAUUCUCUCACCACACUUUCGUUUCUCUUCAUUUUCCUCACACUUCCCAUGUCUCGUCGAGAAACCAACCCUCACUUUUCUCGAUCAUCACAGCCUGAACUCCUGGUAGAUGAUGAUGAUAAAGAACAACCACAUAUUCCAUUUGGGCCACGCCAAAAACGCCGUGCCCAACCACCCCCUCAAGUAGUAGCAGCUGCACCCAUACCAGAAGCAUUAUCACGACCUCAGAAAAACGAAGACCGUGUUCCAUUACGACCACCACCUCAACACGAAGACCAUGUUAUUCCAUCACAACAUUCGCAAGAGCCACGCUCAAAAAGAAGUCCCAGUAAGUUUCCAACAAAUCAAGGUCUGCGACCGCUGAAGUCCUCAAAGGUAAAUUUCCAAGAGCCACCUCCCUCCGCCAGUGCCCCUCCACCGCCGCCACCCUCCGACCAUCCUCCGGCGCCACGCCGUAAGCCCCUCAGUUAUCCCCGCCACAGCGGUAUAAAGUUGCCGGAGGAGCAAAAGUCUCAACCUUUGACAUGGUUAGGUGCGUGCUUGUGCGUAAUAUUCUGGCUCAUCAUAAUCAUAGGAGGGUUGAUAGUGCUGAUAGUGUACUUUGUUUUUCGCCCACAAAGUCCUCAUUUUGAUGUGUCUAGUGUGACCUUAAACGCUGCAUACCUUGAUCUUGGGUAUCUUCUGAACGCUGAUCUAACCAUGCUGGCUAACUUCACAAACCCAAACAAGAAGGUUCAUGUGGAUUUCAGCUCCGUCAUCAUCUAUCUCUACUAUGGAAGCACCCUCAUUGCCACACAGUAUGUUGAACCUUUCUCUGCUGCGAGGCUUCAAUCAAGGUUUGCGAUGAUCCACAUGGUGUCUAGUCAGGUUCAGCUGCCAUUGAAAGAAAGCCAGCGUCUUGUCAAACAGAUGGAGGGCAAUGGCGUGAUUCUCGAAGUGAGAGGAGUGUUUCGUGCGAGAUCCAAAUUGGGAACCAUUUUGAGGUAUUCGUAUAAUCUCUAUGGCCGUUGCAGCGUCAUGCUAACACGUCCUCCUGAUGGCAUUUUGCUCAAAAAGAAAUGCAGAACGAAGCGCUGAAACAAUCUUUUUUUUUUUUUACACCAGAUUUUAUGAUAUACUUGUGUCGAUGUUUUUCUUUUUAGUGCUUCAGAAUUCGGGGGUUUUGGUCUUCUUGAUUUGCCUAUUCCUCCUCCAAAAAUAACAUGUUCAAAGGUUAGCCUUUUUCCCAUCCCCGUUUUGUUUCUUACUUUUUUCUUCUGGAAAACUGUUAGAGAUUGUUAUAAACUAAUAACACCAUUCUUAACAUUA